AUGCUUUCCUCCACUCGAAUAUCCAUACGCUCACCUGUAUCUCACUUGAGACCGCGAUCGAUAACUACAUCCACGAUCCAAUUCGCUAAAAAAGCACCAUCGUUUUCUCGACCUGGACCACCGCCUCUCCCUCCCUCUGACCAAGCAGAAUUCGAUGCAUUAAUCAAAGCGAACGAGACUGUCGGUGCAUCACCAGCAAUCGUUGACGAUCCUGAAAAGGGGAUCGACGCUUCAGAAGAACUACAUAAAGACGUACGAAGGGGUCCUAAACCCGAUUUCAUAGGUGAUGUAAAUCCUAAAACGGGCGAAAGAGGUGGUCCGAAAUCAGAUCCUUUCAAGGCCGGUGAUCAGGAUUGGAGCUAUGCAGGUAGAGUCACAGAUUUCUAA